AACUUGGAGGAGGUUGUGGCAGCCUCCCAAACACUUGGAGGAGCAACACCUUGGCAUUGGGUGGAGAUAACUUUUGCAAAUUACACCUACAGUAUUGCAAAGGAGGAAGAUAACAACAUGUUAAGGACACAGUUUGCCAUUUGCAAGUGUUUCUUCACAAACAACAUAUUCAUAAAAGAAUAUAAUAUGCAUGUAACGUACCAAGGCAGAGAGCAGUUUUUACAUGAUUAUUCAGAGGUUUUGCAGUCUAAAGGAUGCCACAACCUGGAGUUGCUUCUUCCUAAGUUGGAAGCAGAAUCUUUGAGGCGCAAGCAUCUUCACGAUAACAGUUGGAAACGUCAGUUGAAAGUGUCUAAAGAAUAUAAGCCUAUGCAUCCACAAAUAUUUACAUUACAGCCAUCAUUCUUGGCUCCCAGGUUUCAUGAAAUAGUCAAAUGCAGUCAAGAGGACAAGCAAACACUUGAGGGCAUUGCCAGUUGCAUCGAAAGUCACCAGAACCGUAUUUAUUCCUUCCCUGUGUUCACUGAAGAAUUUUGUCAACUUUUUCUUGAAGAGAUAAGAAAUUUUGAAGAGUCCCCACUUCCAAAAGGUCGUCCUAAUACCAUGAAUCAGUAUGGGAUUAAUUUAGAUGAACUUGGGUUUGACAGUCUUAUAUCAAAUCUUCGUACAACAUACAUCACACCACUUACAAGAUUGCUCUUCCCAGACGUGGGAGGUGAUUCUCUAGACUCUCAUAAGGCAUUCAUUGUCACUUACAAAGAAGGUGAAGAUGUGGAUCUGGAUUACCACUUUGACAAUGCAGAGGUAACUCUCAAUGUUUCCCUAAAUGAAGACUACAGUGAUGGAGACCUUUACUUUGGACCAAUGAGGACUGAAAUUUCUAAUCAACGAUUUGGUUACACUCACAAGCUAGGCAAAGGAUUAUUGCAUCGUGGCCAACAACUUCAUGGUGCACUGCCCAUCUCGGAUGGUGUUCGAUAUAAUCUUAUUGUAUGGAUGCGGUCAUCUCAAGUCAGAAAUGAACUGUGUCCAAUGUGUGAUGAAAAGCCAAUUCUAGUCCCUGUGAAGCAUGGGUAUGGAGAUGGAUUUAUUGACCAAAAACAGUGCUCCAUUGGUUUUUAUAGAAGAAUUGUGAUAUUCUUGAAUGUUAUCAUUAUAAAAAGAAGCAUUUUGCAAAGUAAUAUAGUAGUACCUCUUAUCCAAAUUUAUAAGGACCAAGGAAAUUUCAGAGAACUAAUAUUUCUGCUAUUUGGACAACUCCUAGGCCACAAUCCAAUUUACCUAAUACAGUUAAGCAUCUCAACUGUGAAGAUGCAAAAUUGAAAGAAAUUCAAAAUAAUGUACACUACUUGUAUAAAAAUGCAAAACAUUGCUAGAAAUCUUUAUGCCAUGUUGUUACUCUUAUAAUGGUCAGAAAAAAUAAUUUUAAGAGAACGUUUGUCCUCAUCAAUCCCCCCCCCCCCCCCCCCCCCCAUGUAUGCAGUGCCUUUUAAAGUUAUCUCAUAUUGGAAAGUACUUUAAAUAUAUACUGCACUAAUGAUUUUUAAUGCACUGUAUAUAUUACAUUUUCUUUACAACUAAAUAAUAAAAACAAUUAACUGGGUAAAUAAAAUGAUUUUUAAAAGCAAUACCAUGUUAAGAUAGCAUUGGAAGCUACAGGCACAGUAUAUAAUAUCCAAAAUUGCCAGUGGGUUCAGACCCAGCCACUUCUGAUUUAGGUGUUCGCAUUAGAUGCUUAGAUACCUAUACUUUACUAUCAAAUAAAGUACAGUAUUAAAUCAUUGUUAUGAUGUUUCGGUCACUAUGGCCCAGUAACCGGGUUCUUGAUGGAUUAACCUCGUUUAGUGUAUACGACCCCAAGUCAGUAGUAUGUUUUCAAGAAUUGGCUAUAUAGUGCAAUAAGAAAAGGGGUGAUGAACAACACACACAGUUCCCUUCACCAAUAUACAAUAUUUUCACUUUCAACAUUAAAAUAUAAUAAAUAGAUUAUUACUACACUUAUUUACAGUGAUGUCACUUUCACACAGGACACCAAAAGCGCUCGCAUGCAAUGUUCGCCAACCCCAGUACUUCGUCCACUCGUACUGGAAAAUACUGGCGAGUUCACCUUUUAAGUGGGCCAGCCCACCAACACAGUAUCACGAGGUGCCUAUACCCCACUAUCACUCUCCAGCCACUCGCUGGCAGAGGACUUAAGCCACACACUGAUCAGGGUCACUAACAACCACAUACAAGGGUAGCUAAUUCCUGGCAGAAGCCUCUAGGAACAUGCUAGCAGCACUUCACCACAGGCACCUCACUGUCGUCCGUUACUCUCAUAAGCCAAUCCCAGGGUAUGCCGAUCUGUAUCAACACUGCGAAAAUUAGCAGCUAACACACUGCUCAGAUCGGCGGCUGCUUACUAAUCGUCUUCCAGGACCAAGCUGAGAGUAUGUGAACUGCCCAAGGUAAACUGCCUUCCUCCUGGCGAUUGCCUCCACACGUCACCUCUGUGGACAAAAACGUUAUCAGUUACAUGGACUGUACACUGGGGAAACCAUGAGGUAACACUCAUUCACCUGGGAGUUGACAUUAUGCUCCGUAGCACAACAGAUGGCGCUGAUCUUGAUACUCCCACCACCAGAGGUCAACCACAACGACCUCUCUUGCUAACCAGGGCAGGAAACAGAAGCCAUUGAUCGCUGCCACGCCACCACCAAUAGAUGGCGUGAUUUACAUAGUAUCCAAUAUCAGGGGGUUGGAGUGCAGACCCAUAGAUGGCGCUGGAAUUGCCACUCUGUACUCCGACGAAGGUAACAAGACCGUAACAUAUGAUAUUUUCAGUUUUCAUGGUAUGAAGAGACAUUAAUCUAAAGAAAACUGGGAAGCAGAAUCAGAAAAUGAAGCUAAAAAAUAUUAUAAACAACACACACAUUGAACUCCAACAAAUCAUCCACAAUGGUGGAUGAUAUGUUGUACUAGACUAGUACUCCUUGUGAGUUAAAUACAGUACUGUACAUACAAAAUGCAUUACCUUUUGAUAACCUACAGCCACCUAGCUUUGUUCUCUACUAUAUCCUGUGUACAAUUCAUGCUCAUUCCUCACACACUCAUUCACAAUUUCUAGCCCCAUCUCCUCAGCUUCUGUUCCUUCCCUUGAAGCUCACCUGUUUAUCAUCCCAUCAUUCGGCAUUAUCAAACCACUUCAGUAUCUUCUCUUAUUAUUUCUGUACUGUCUUUUCAUUCCUUAUCUUGUAUAUCAGUAAUACACCUAUAUUUUCUUGCGUUGAAUGGAUGAUCUUUAUGGCAGGUGACCAUAUUGAACAUUUUUAAACUCCUGUAUAAAGAUUUGUAUAUAAGAGGUUAAUGUAUGGGAUGAAGAUGUUUGGGUGAAAUCUUACAUGCCAGUUGGGUAGAAAGAGAGCCAAUAUAUUAUGUGGCCUGAGGAUGCAUAAGAUUCCCUUGUGGAGAAUGCACAGGAUAGGCAGGCGCCCAAGAUAGUUAUGAAAUAUAUACUGUAUUGAUUUUUCUGUUUUACAUUCUGUAAAUGUUUUCACAAUUAGACAUUUACAUGAUAUUUGCUUGAGUCUGUAUCUGUAGAUGACUCUUAAUUAUAUACUGAAGUAAUAUACUGGAACAAAUCA